GUGGAAGCUAUUCGUGAGGCGAGCGUAGAGCGCGUAGACGUGUUGGCACUCUAGCCUUCUUUGCUAAGUUCAUUGUAAAUAUUUUGUGUUUCGGAUUAAAUUUAUCAAAAAAUAAAAUUAAACAAUGAAUUUAAAAGUGGUUGCCAUAUGUAUUGGCAUAUUAAUACUUGGUUGUCAAAUUUGCGAAGGACGUCGUGGUCGUGGAAGAGGUCGCACCAAGUCAAGAGUGCAAAUUGGUUUACCCAUCACCGGUAAAUACCGUGAUCCAGAAUCAGAUCAGUAUUAUAACAACAACAAUGGUGCAAAAAUAUUGCAGGCAUCACAUUUUGAUUAUGAAUAUGUUUUAGGACAUAAAAUUGCUUUUCUGUGUGUGGCUAAAGGAAAUCCACGUCCACAUAUUACUUGGUAUAAAGAUGGUACCGAAAUCUUUCAACAUCUUUAUAUGCAUGUACAUGAAUGGCGCAUUGGUGAAGAUAAGGUUAAAUCCAAAAUUGAAAUUGAUCCCGCCACACAAAUGGAUGCAGGACUAUAUGAAUGUACUGCUGACAAUAUGUAUUCUAUUGAUCGCCGCAGUUUCAAAACUGAUUUCUCAAUUGCUUUCGAUUAAUUUGAUUAGUAAAUGUAAUUAUUACAAUUACAGUUGUAUUUUUGUCCAAAUACUAUAAUUCUAAAUUGUUUUUAGUUCUAAUCAAUAAAAGAAUAUU